AUGGUUCGUGACGUGCAGGCUAUAAAGGAUGACGUCAAGGCGAAGCUCAAGGCCACAGGGCUCAAGAACAAGAGGGCUGAUGAUGCGCACCGCCGCGAGAAGGUGUUUGGCGUGGGUGAUUCGGUCAUGGUAUUUUUAUGCAAGGAGCAGUUUCCUGUUGGAACUUACUCCAAGCUGCAGCCUCGUAAGUAUGGUCAUUUUACGUUGCUCAAGAAGAUUAAUGAUAAUGCAUAUGUUGUUGAUUUGCCCGCUUCCAUGAACAUCUCCAACACUUUCAAUGUCGUUGACAUUUACGAGUUCCAUGCGGAUGAUGCUCCAUAUUUUAGCCCGAACUCGUGGUCGAGUUCUUUGCGGGUGGAGGAGAUUGAUGCAGCGCAGCUGGAGGCCAAGCUUGAUUAA